AUGGACUUGCUACCAGUACCAAAGCUUUUCUUCUUUAAUUCUUCAGUCACGUUUGUGACUUCAUACACAAAUCUUCCUUCGCAACUAAAUUGUAAGUUACAAAUAAUGUGGCCUGCGAAUACUAGUCUUGUAUAUCUUCUUAACAAUUAUGGAGUAUCACAGCCAGUUCAGCCUAUUGAUUUUGUCACCAACCCCUCCGAGACCGACAUCAAGGAAUAA